GUUUGACAUCUACAGGAAGGUGCCAAAAGACCUUACACAGCCAACCUACACAGGGGCUAUUAUCUCUGUCUGCUGCUGUCUCUUCAUACUGUUUCUCUUCCUGUCUGAGCUCACCGGAUUCAUAGCCACUGAAAUAGUUAAUGAGCUCUAUGUGGAUGACCCAGACAAAGACAGUGGAGGUAAAAUAGAAGUGAAUCUGAACAUCAGUUUGCCAAACCUGCAUUGUGAAUUAGUUGGACUAGACAUCCAAGAUGAAAUGGGAAGGCACGAAGUGGGUCAUAUCGACAACUCGAUGAAAAUACCUCUCAAUAAUGGGGAUGGCUGCAGGUUCGAGGGCCAUUUCAGCAUCAACAAGGUCCCUGGUAACUUUCACGUGUCAACGCACAGUGCCACUGCGCAGCCUCAGAAUCCUGACAUGACUCAUGUCAUCCACAAGCUCUCAUUUGGGGACAAGUUACAGGUCCAUAAUGUUCAUGGAGCAUUCAAUGCCUUGGAGGGAGCAGAUAAACUCAGCUCAAAUCCUCUUGCAUCUCAUGAUUACAUACUGAAGAUAGUCCCGACGGUGUACGAAGACAUGAGCGGCAAGCAGCGAUACUCAUACCAAUAUACUGUAGCAAAUAAGGAGUAUGUAGCCUACAGUCACACUGGCCGCAUUAUCCCAGCUAUCUGGUUUCGAUACGAUUUGAGCCCCAUCACAGUGAAAUACACAGAGAGACGACAGCCUUUGUACAGGUUUAUCACAUCGAUAUGUGCCAUCAUUGGAGGAACGUUUACUGUAGCUGGGAUCCUCGACUCCUGCAUAUUCACAGCAUCAGAGGCCUGGAAGAAGAUCCAGCUGGGAAAAAUGCAGUAGCAGUGAAACUCUACUCUUGUCUCCAAGGACAGGAGCAAAGAUUGAAAAAACCUACCACUACCUGUUUUUGUCUUUAUUUUCUAUUUGAUUGAAUCAGUAAGUUUUUCUCUAAUCAGGCUGUUCAGUGAAGAUAUCUUCAACAAAUCAAAGAAAUCUCCAUGCAUUUCAGAGCUCUUAGAGUGAAAAAAUCAAUGGAAUCAGGGCGCGGAUUUUGAUUCUCUCCCCCCAGAAAGAAAGGUUGAAAUGCCAUACACGAAAUACACUGUUGGAUCUGAGUAAGGAUAACAGUGUGUUCUCUGGGAGGAUCCUAUGGCAGUGUACAAACUAGGUAGUAGAUUGCAAAGAGUUGAGCUGGUUUGUGGCACUUUUUGGAAUUCUGUUGGAUUUGCAUGAUUAGACAAUCGACUUUUGUAUAAGGCAAAAUUAUACAUCAGGAAGAAAUUCCACCUAUGAUGCCAAAAAGGCGAUGUAUCUGUUGGUGAGGAAUGGAAAGUGUUAGUCCCCAUAGCAAACUUUAGAGAUAGAGGGCAGAAAUAACAUCAAGACAUGUUUUGUGCUUUUAUUGAAAGCUCUUUUGUUCAGAUGUGACCUUUCUAAUGAAAUAAGCAAACAAGAAGAGGAAGCCUUC